AUGGUCAUGGAAGUAGUGAAAUCCAGACUGGCGGUCGUGCCUGCUGAGGGAGCUGACCCGAAUGAUGAAGUUAAUCCAGUCGACGAAGCUAAUCCCGUCGAUGAGGUAGAUCCAAACGAGGAAGCACCUGAAGACGGCGAGAUCGAAGACCCUGAUGCACCAGAGGACGAUGAAGAGGAUUUGCCAGACGAUGAGCAAGAAGAUGAGGGCGAGGAAGGCGAGAAGAUUCUAAUUGGCGAUCUUGUGGACGGAAGCAACACGCCCGAAGCUCAGAAUAUUGCCAAUCUUCUACUCGAUAACAAGAACACUAAAGAAGAGAACUUUGAAUUCAUCUCGCAGGAGUUGACUGAGGCAUUCACCGAAGCCGAUGGGCAAUGCACGCGGCAAUCUAUUCGCAUGGGUUUCCAUGAUGCCGGUACUUGGUCAUCAAAACUGGCAGCAGCUGGGCAAGACUACGGUGGUGCUGAUGGCAGCCUUGUCUUCUACGGCGAGCUCACCAGGCCGGAGAACUUUGGGCUCGAAAGUGCCGCUGGCUUCGCACAGCAGCUUUAG